AUUGCAGCCUCUAAGAUCUCAGCCUAACAGACAGCAAAACCAGGGCCUAUAUUCCCCAGAAACAUUUCUUCUGACCAGGGCUAUUAUCUUAUAGUUUCAAGAUAGAUUACAAUAAACAGUUGUCACUUUAAAACAAACAGUCUGGACAAUGUAUCAUCUCUGUGGAAAACUGAGAAAGUAAACAAUCCGGGAUAUCCCAGUUUCUUGUUUCCUUGAGCCCCUUGGGAAUGCAAGCUCCAAAUACUUCAUUUUCUUCCCGAAAGCAGAAGGUUUUAUUUUUAAAAUAAAGCUGUUUGUUUGGAACAUCUGAGCAGUGCUUCUUGAGAGACCACAGAGAUGAAUGGCUUGGGAGCCCAGCUGGGAAGGCAUACACUCACUCUCCUCCUGCUACUGCUUUUCCAAAUUCACAUCCUCUGUCUCAACGCUGACAGUCGCCCUCCUCCUGAUGUCUGCUCCACGCACACAGUUUUACCUGGACCAAAAGGGGAUGACGGUGAGAAAGGAGAAAAGGGAGAAGAGGGAAAGCAUGGAAAAGUGGGUCCCAUGGGGCCAAAAGGAAUGAAAGGAGACCUGGGUGAGGUAGGAGAACAAGGCAUCCUUGGCAAAACUGGACCAAUUGGUGGAAAGGGUGACAAAGGGCAGAAAGGCUUGCCUGGUGCCUCAGGGGGAAAGGGCAGAGCAGGUACCGUCUGUGAUUGUGGAAGAUAUCGUAAGGUUGUAGGACAGCUGGAUAUCAGUGUUGCACGACUCAAGACAUCCAUGAAAUUUGUUAAAAAUGUCAUAGCUGGGAUUAAGGAAACAGAUGAAAAAUUCUAUUACAUUGUUCAAGAGGAGAAGAGCUACAGGGAGUCUCUGACCCAUUGCCGAAUCCGUGGAGGGAUGCUAGCUAUGCCCAAGGAUGAGAGGGCCAAUCAAGUGAUUGCUAAGUAUGUCUCAGACAGCGGUUUCUUCAGGGUGUUCAUUGGGGUGAAUGACCUAGAGCGAGAAGGGCAGUAUGUGUUCACAGACAACACUCCGCUGCAGAACUACAGCAACUGGAAGGAGGGUGAGCCCAAUGACCCCAAUGGCCACGAGGACUGCGUAGAGAUGUUGAGCUCUGGCCACUGGAAUGACACAGAAUGCCACCUCACCAUGUAUUUUGUCUGUGAAUUUGUGAAAAAAAAGUGAUCCUCUGAUGCCACUUCCUCAUGAUUGUGAUUAUGACUAAACAUUUUUAAUAACCUUUUGCCUCUAUAUAUUUUGAUCUCCCAAUUGUAAGCAAUGUCAAGUUGAAGUCUGGGAUAUUCUACAGUGCUUAAAAAAUUGUUGUUAUUAAAUAAAAACAUUCACCAGAUAACAUGGGCAUCUGCAGGGGAUGGCGGGGGGGGGGGGGAAGGAGGGCUCCUGUAUAUCUAUAAUUUUAGGUUAGAAUUUCUCUUGUCAUUUUAUCCUUCCAGGGGGUUUAGAGGAGUCUCAUGGGAAAUUGAGCAAAUGCUCAGUGAACUUCCAAGUAUUCAUUAACUCACUCUGACUCAACCAAAGUUCAGGCUCCUGUCACCCCUCACUUAGACUGUUGCAAUAGCUUCCUAAUUGAUUUAUCUUUUUUCACUCUUUCCUCACCAAUCCAUUCUCCAAAUAGGGGGCAAACUGAUUUUUUUUUUGUUAUUUUACUUUGAAGUCCCUGUUUUCUCUCGGAUAAAAUCCAAAAUUCUCAGACCAUCAUUAAAUGACCCUCUACAAAUCAUUCCUUUCCUAUUACUUCCCUUCACUCUCUUCAAUGCAGUCAAAAUAGCUUAAUAUCAUAUUAUACCUCUAGUCACACUGGCUUUGAAAUUCAGUCUCCUGGUCUGGAAUGAAUCCUCUCCUCACCUCUGACUCAUUACAUCCAUAGUUUCCUUCAAAGCUAAGCUCAGGUGCCAUGUUUUAUACAAAUUCUCUCUUGAUCCCUGUAAUGACUUGUUAGUCAAUCAAUGGACAUUUAUUAAAUGCCUACUAUAUGCUGAACACUGUGCUAAGUGCUAGGAAUACAAAGAAACAUAGACUGCUUCUAAAUUUAAUGGGGUGGGGUGGCGAACUGACAUGCAGGUGGCACGCAAGCUAAAUAUAGGAUAAGUUUUCAAUAAUCACCAGCAAUAAGGCAGUAUAAUGAAGGGUGAUCAAAAAAGGUUUCCUUUCGAAGGUUGGAUUAUAUCAGUAAGCCAGAAAAGUCAAAAGGCAAGGAUAAGGAGGAAGAAAAUUCCAAGCAUGGGGAGAGAUAGCCAGUGAAAAUGCCCAUAGUCAGAAGUUAUCAUGUUCAGAUCAUAGAGUACCUGGGGGAGUAAAGACUGGAAAACUGGGAGGAGAGGACAGGUUAGCAAGGGCUUUGAAUGACAAAGAGAGGAUUUUAUAUUUGAUCCUAAAGGACAGAAGGAGCCCCUGGAAUGUAUUGAGUAGGGGUAACAUGGUCAUACCUGUACUUUCAGAAGAUCACUUUCCUUCUCUUGAAAUUCAUAGGACCAUUUAUCCAGAGCAGAAAAGAAUCAUCAAAGUCAAGGAGUCCUGAUCCCUUCAUUUUCCUGAUGAGGAAAAUUGAUUUGUAAUUCUUUGUAUGUAAAAAAAAAAAGACAAUCUAUACCCUCAAUGAGUUUAUAUUCUAGUAAAAAAAAAAAAAAGAGAUGCCCCAUGCCAAGAGUAAAGGAAUAGCAAACAGUGACCAAGCCUCCUCCUUCAUUCCUUUAACCUAAUCCCCAUUAAAACAAAUAGAAUGUCUUGGUUUUUAAUUUAUGACUAUGGAAUGUUUUAUCUUCUAACAAAUAGCCCUCCUAAUCAAAGCUGCAUCACAAAAAUAUACCUGGAGAGAGUCUGAACAUGAUUUAUUGAAUCUUGGAAAUUAUGCUUUGAAAUAGAAAGCAAAUAAGUAAAACACUUUCAUAUGGAACAUAGACACAGAAAGCACAAUUAAACUGUACCUUAAGUCUUGUAAUCUUUGACUAAAACCAAUGUCAGUGACAUUUCUAUAGGCUAAUCAGAUAUGCAGUACCAGGGAUACCCUAUGUUAAGUUUAAACCAUUUGGCUAUAGUUAAGGAUACAAAACCUGGUUAUAAGAUAUGAUUAGAUAAGCAAGCUGAUGUAGCGAAUGACUUAGAUGUAGCAAAUUUUACUUUAAUUGAGAAUUUGAAGCAAAGAUUGAUUGACCGUUUGGAGGGAUGGUUUUUUUGGGGGGUGGGGGGGUAUAGGGUUGUCUAGAUGUCCCCUGAGUUCUCUUCCAGUUGUAGGAGUUGAUGAUUCAAUUGUUUUUGUUCAGUACUUUAAAGGCUUAUUAUUCCAUCAGUGUGGACCCUCCCUCUGAUGGUAUAGAUCAUGAAUGACCCUGAUCCCUCUCAAUUUAUACCCUCCAUGCUGUAGCAGAAAAUAUUCACCAGGAGGAGACCCAACUCCUGGUGAUGCUUCUUUGAUGAGCUGGUUCUUGGACAACCUAGUCUAUCACUGGACCAUCCAUCCUCAUAGCCUGCCCAUCCUGCAAAGUAUAUACUCUGCAAGUCAAGUCUUCAAACCCUGUGGGUCACCUCCAUGCUUAAUAAGACAUCAGAGUAGGACUACAUAUUAGAAAGAUACAGCUAUGUUCUCAUUUAGUGAUGCCUAUGUGCCAGUUUCACCAAAAUGCAUCACCCAGGUGAGGAGGGAAAAAAGAAAUGAAAUUUAUUUAUAGUUAACAUUUUUAACUUGUUUUCAUUGCUUCCUUAAUUACAUAGAAGUGUUGUUUUGUUUUUGUUGUUUUUAAAUAACCCUUACCUUCCACCUUAGAAUCAAUACUUUGUGUUGGUUCUAAGGCAGAAGAAUGGUAAGAGCUAGGCAAUGGGGGUUAAGUGACUUGCCCAGGGUCACACAACUAGGAAGUGUCAGAUGCCAGAUUUGAACCUAGGACGUCCUGUCUCUAGACCUGGCUUUCUAUCCACUGAGCUACCCAGCUGUACCCAGAAGUGUCGUUUAGUCAUUUUAGUUAUGCCCCAAACUCUGUGACCCCAUUUGGAGUUUUCUUGGCAAAGAUGUUAGUAGUCUGCCAUUUGCUUCUCUAGAUCAUUUUACAGAUGAAGCAACGUUAAGUGAUUUGCCCAAGGUCACACAACUAAUAAGCAUCUGAAGUCAGAUUUAAUUCUAGACCAAGCACUAGAUCCACUGCUCCACCUAGUUGCCCAACAACUUUUAUAUACCGUCUACUUUAAUCCAUUUGAAUAUAUCUGAAAAACUUUUAAAAUAAUCAUCACUCUUUGUUUAUUGACAGGUUCAUAUUCUGAUUUCACUUUCUUGACAUAGUCCUCAUAAUCAUAUGACAUUUUUUGUGUUAUUGUUUUAUUAAGAUUAAAAUACUCUGGAGACUAUA